AUGGCGGACGAUGGCAUGCUUAUGAAUUUUGAUGUGGGAGAUGGGAUCAUCAGCUCGCAACAGAAAUUUAAAGGCGGCAAGUGGAAGGAUCGUCUCGUCGCCAAAAAAAUCGCAGGCCACCGGCACAAGAAAUCCAAGCAGCAAUUCACCGCAGACGACAGUGAUCGAGGCGCAAGGGGAGGAGAAGCAGACCAUGGCGGCGCAUACAGUCGUCCGCCGAAGCGACAGAGACUGAAUAAUGGAGAUUUUCAACCGAGCACCGCUACCAUAACGGGAGUUUCCAAUAACUCUAGCAGCAAAUAUGCUACUGGCCCGCAAAGAGAAGUCAUCUCAUCGCUCUUCUCAUAUAACCCUGUUGCGAAAACUGUCCCUGCGUCGGAUGAAUCUACGGCGCAAAAUGAGGCGGAAGUAGCGAAGGCUUCCAAUGCUCCUCUCGUCGAUGGUAUCGAUACGUUUACCUCGCUUGGUCUAUCACCCGAGCUCGCAGCACACCUUUUAACGAAACUGAAAUUGAAAAAUCCUACCGCGAUUCAAAAGAGCUCAAUCACACAGCUAUUGAAGGAGAAUUGUGAUGGAUUUAUACAGGCAGAGACUGGCUCUGGAAAGACGCUUGCAUACCUCCUACCCCUCGUACAGCGGUUAAUGAACCUAUCCGGUCAAAAAGGUACAGAGGGAGAUCAGGGCCAAUCCACGUCGAUCCACAGAGACUCCGGUUUAUUUGCUAUCAUCCUCGCACCGACUCGAGAGCUUUGCAAACAGAUAUCAGUUGUACUUGAUAGUUUGCUAAACUGUGCUCAUUGGCUAGUAGCUGGAACAGUUAUUGGUGGAGAGAAGAAGAAAUCAGAAAAGGCUAGGUUACGGAAGGGUCUAAAUAUUCUCGUUGCUACUCCUGGACGUCUUGCGGAUCACCUGGAUAAUACCAAAGUACUUGACGUGGGCCUUGUUAGGUGGCUUGUGCUAGACGAAGGCGAUCGAUUGAUGGAAUUAGGAUUCGAAGAAGAGAUUCAAGGCAUUAUCAAAAAGCUGGACUCAAAGAGGCGGCCAACGUCAAAGAUUGAAAACCUUCCUCCGAGGAGGCUAACGGUGCUAUGUUCCGCCACACUUAAGAUGAACGUGCAGCGCCUAGGAGAGAUGAGCUUAAAGGAUGCAGUACAUAUACAAACUGACCCCGCAGAGGAAAUUGAAGACGCUUCUUCCGAAGCUGGAGAUGCGCAAAAGGCUUUGGACUUCUCAGCGCCAGCACAGCUGAAGCAGUCAUUCGCAAUUGUUGCAUCAAAACUUCGGCUUGUUACCUUGACAGCCCUGCUCAAAAGCACGUUCAUACGCAAGGGAACUGUUAUGAAAGCUAUCGUUUUCGUUUCCUGUGCAGAUUCAGUGGAUUAUCAUUUUGAGGUUUUCACUCGGAAGUCAGAUAAGACUAUAGACGGUGUUGGCAAAGAGGAGGAUGAAAAGGAGAAAGAUUUGAGUGCCGAAGCGGCUCCUUCCCCUAACUCGUCUACCCAGGGAACAGUAGCCGAAUCUCCAACACUGUCAAACUCGAACAAUUCAGUAAUACUACAUAAACUCCACGGAUCCCUUCCUCAGCAUGUUCGAACCGCCACGCUUUCUGCGUUCGCCAAGCAAAAGGAUACGUCCGUUUUAAUAUGUACAGACGUUGCAUCGCGAGGUCUUGAUCUACCAAAUGUCGACUUUGUUAUUGAAUAUGACCCGGCGUUCUCUGCUGAUGAUCAUCUUCAUCGUAUCGGACGCACAGCUCGAUUGGGCCGUGACGGCCGUGCUUUGAUCUUCCUCUUGCCUGGAAGUGAAGAAGGAUAUAUCAAUGUUCUAAAACGUGGGUAUCGUGAUGAAAACAGCAAGGCUGUCACUCGCAGAGACGAAAAUGACAUCUUGAAGCGAGGAUUUGGACGGACUAAUGGCAAAGGUUGGGAAGAGGCAGCCACGGAGUUCCAACUAGAUAUAGAACGUUGGACCCUGGAGAACCCUACUAUCCUGGAAAUGGCUCGCCGGGCUUUUCAAUCUCACAUUCGUGCGUACGCUACUCACAUUGCAAACGAGAGGGAGUACUUCAACAUAAAGGAUCUACAUUUGGGCCAUCUGGCUAAAGGUUUUGGAUUGCGAGACAGGCCAACGAAGAUCAAUGUUCCUGGUCUUCGAACUGGCAAGGAAGAAACGAAGAAGGCAUUCAAGGCAAACAGAGCGAUAGAUUCCAGUGGCAAGAAGUAUGAUUCUGGCCCCAGGAAUGAUAGCGCGGCCGAUAAGAUGCGGAAGAAGAUGAGAGAGCACAUGACGGCGGCAAACGAAUUCAACAUUGCCUAG